CUCCAGCAUUCCUCCCUUUUCCUCCAGAUUUUAUUUCCGCAGCAGCUUCACCUCCUCCGGACGUUUCACGCAGAACUACGAGACCAGCUUGAAAUAUGUCUGCCAGGGUGGCUUUGGUAACGGGCAGUAACAAGGGCAUCGGCCUGGCCAUCGUCCGAGCGCUUUGCAAGCAGUUCCAAGGAGACGUUUACCUCGCCGCCAGAGACGUCGGUCGUGGUCAGGAAGCAGUGGCGUCUCUGGCCUCAGAGGGACUGACGGCCUUGUUUCACCAGCUGGACAUCAACGACCUGAACAGCAUCACCACCGCCGCUGCGUACUUUAAAGACAAGUACGGAGGAGUGGACGUGCUCGUCAAUAAUGCUGCGAUAGCGUUCAAAGUGGCAGACACAGCUCCAUUUGCGGUCCAGGCAGAGGUGACCCUCAAGACAAACUUCUUCGCCACCAGAGACAUGUUGACUCACUUCCUGCCGAUCAUCAAAGCUGGAGGCCGUGUUGUGAACAUUUCCAGCAUCGCUGGCUCCGGCGCUCUGAAGCAGUGCAGCGCGGCCCUCCAGGAGCGAUUCCGCAGCGAGAACAUCACAGAGGAGGAGCUGGUGGGACUGAUGCAGUGUUUCGUUGAGGAGGCCAAGAAGGGCGAGCACAAGCAGGGCGGCUGGCCUGAAACGGCGUAUGGAAUAUCCAAGACUGGACUGACGACCCUGUCCAUGAUCCUGGCUCGACGUCUGUCCAAGGAGAGACCGAAUGACGGGAUCCUGCUGAACGCCUGCUGUCCAGGCUGGGUGCGCACCGAUAUGGCCGGUCCAAAAGCCCCCAAGUCACCAGACGAGGGCGCUGUCACUCCGGUCUACCUGGCACUGCUGCCCCCCGGGGCCACAGAGCCUCACGGAAAGUUUGUCUCUGAGAAAGAAGUUCAGCCGUGGUGAAAGGGUUAAAGACUGUGUGUGACUGUGUCUGUGUGUUUAUUUCAUGUUCUUAUAUAUCAAAAGGGACUUAAACCUGAAUGCAUCUCAAAAUCAGAAGUUGAGGUCCACACGGGUAGAGACUGCUUAUAGAGGGGGUAAGACUUGGUUUUAGGGUUCAGGUCAGGGAUGGAAAUUAACACCAGCCAAAUGUGGGUGGAUUUUCCACUUGGGGGCUUAAAUGUUGGAAGGCCACCCGCCACAUUGGCGGUUAAAUGUAUUCGUCAUGAUAUCACCAUAUAAUUUCUAUUUCACGGUAAUUGGCAGCAGACCUUCUGCCAAAGGUUCUUGUUUGUUGUGUGUCGUACUUAAAUUGGUCCCUGAUAUACCAAGGGAUCUAAAAUCAUGUAACACACGGAUUAAAGGGCUUCAUUGGUUGUUGUUUAUGUUCGUUUCAUGGUACUUGUGUUUGAUUGGUGUAGAUUUGUAAGGGGGUGGGGCGUAAGGGGACAGGAGUCAGGAGGGAAAGGGGGGAGAGUGAGACUAUAGCCGCUUUCAUACGGAGAACAAUGCAGAAAAAAUAUCCGCAUAUAUGUCGCAUUUAGUAAUACAAACUGAACACAAAAGUUUCCAGCGUUAUCCCACAACCAUGUGUGCUUUCACAUAGCGGCCCGGCUUUGAAAAAGACUGUUAUGUGUAACACAACACCGGCAUGUCGGCUGUGGCUUUUCACACAGAGAUCCGCCUCUCUAUCUCGUCUCUGUCACCAACUUUCUGGCUCUGUACCUUUCAUACAGUGUAGAUUGGCUCAGUACCCCGGUGAAAUAAGGCAGCGUGAAAGCUGCUAGUUUUGGGAGCUCAUUAAAAGUUGUAGUUGGGAGUGUUUUUAGCUUUUAGCUGGCUAGCCACCUGCGUAAUGUGGCAACAUUUAUCAUUGCCAAGAAACCAACAAAACAAAGAAACAAAGCAAAGGAAGAGGAGGCUGAAGCAAAACAUAAAAAAAUAAAGUUGGCGGUCCAGUCUAGUAUCUGAUCCACUGUCAGAUCUUAUGGUCCUGCUGUCCUCCCCAGAGAUCAAGAGUAUGAUCCAUAGGCUGUAUAAAAAAAUGUUGAUCCCACAAAAGCUGUGAUGCUGUGGCACCAGGACUCUGAACCAGGAGGCAAACUGAGGAGUCUGAGAAGAGUUAAGCUGAAUGAUAAAGCAUGUUUAAGAGUCAGUGAUGAGAUUUAAGUUGAAUGAUUAAUAAGCAUCUCGUAAGUAAUUAUAUUUUUUUCCUUAAAAGUCAAGUACAUUUAAUAGCAAUAAUAUAACUUUGCUUCAAAUUUCAGUCUGGCCUCUUCUUUAAGUUUGUAUUCGACAUAAUAUUAUCUCAAUUAAAAGAAUGGAAACAAAUGUAUACGUGACACAAAAGGCAAUUUAUUAUUUUGGGCGGUAAAAAAUACGUUUGGCUGGUGUAUUUUUUCAUCUACCAGCCACCUUGGCAGGUGAGCUGAAAAUAUAAUUUGGGUUAAGGUAAGAGUUCAGGUUAGGCAUGUCCUUAUGAUGGUUGAGGUUAGGGCACAGGCAAAAUUUUCCAUCCGAAUAGAAACAUGACACAAUCUGGAAAAACUAUUACAAUAUUUAAAAUAUUAACCCAACGAGUUUAGUGGUUAAACUAAAUGGUGAUGGACAUAACUCCAUAAUUACUCUUGUAAGGUGUGUGUGUGUUUGCACCUGCAGGGUUAUAUGCAACAUUAAACCAUGAAUCUGUAUAGGUGCUUGCUAACCGUUGGUGUUUUUGAUAAAACAAAAUGUUCGCUCUGUGUCAUUUUGACUUUGGUGAUCAAAAAUUUUGCACAUGAAAAUGGAAAACUUGUCUUAACUGGAUGAAACUUAAAUGUUGUGAAAAUAAAAUACUUUUCUGUGACUAAAUGCUUUUUUAAAGCACAAUGCUAUUUUCAUGAAAAUGUUACAUAGCUUCCAUUUUGAAAAACAAUAAAUACACUUCAAAAUCAAAAA